AUGCCUCUGUUGGUGCCUGCGGGACCUGACAACAUUCCUCUCGAUGAUUUCUGUCCUGGGCUCAGCAACAUUGAGCUUGUUGAUACCUUUUUUCGACGCCGAGCAUCUUUCGAAAGCUUGCCAUACCAUAAGUACCCAAAUGAGACCCUUAUUUACAAUGGCUUUCUUGGGUGUUCCCCUUUGUAUCCCAACGUUGCCAUCACCUUGCAUACUCUCGCAGCCUACCGGCAGGCUCACCGAAGUUGCCCUCAGUUCAGCCUUCAAGCACAUUGCAAAAUGCUGUGCUACCUGCAUAAUAUGCCGUAUCGACCCUAUCUGCGCUCUCAAUUCUCGGCAGCUUACGACGCAUACCUGGAAAUCCUCUACCGCGUCGAUCAAUUGCUAAAGCGGGAACUCAAACACGACACUCCAAAUUGGCGGCUCCUAAAUGCCUGCCCACCAUGUACCUACAAAUUAGUGGACGAACCGGCACUCGAUUUUGAUUGGUUUGCCACCAUCGACGGCAACAACAGUCUCAAGCGGUGGGGGUCUUCAAUCCAUAAUUCUAUCACUCGCGAUGACCGUCGGAGGCCGAGGACCGACUACUGGAUUAGUCGCAACAUUGUGGACAAGUUCAAAGAUGAGGUCAAGUUGAGAACUGCGCUGGAUAACAAUAACAAUCCUGAUGACUGGGAGGACGACGGAGAAGUGCCUGGCGAGAUUCCUUUCAACUGUACAGCCCAUUGGCGGAACGCUGGACCCGAGCAACGCAAGAAAAUGUUUGCUGUGUUUGAAGAAUCCGGAGUUUUUGUUGGCGCAUGCCGUCACCGGUUCGUCUUGGUAGUCUGUGAUAUGAUUCAAAGUGGCGAACUAGCGAAGUAUGCGCUUGCCACGGUUGAUCACCUCAUGACCGUAUACGGGAAAAAUGGAGCCUGCGCCUAUGAUAUUGGCUGUGCAUUUUCCAAGACAUUGAGCACGAGCUCCUUGGGUCCGUGUGCACAAUCGCUUGCCUUAUGCAUGAUGGUCGGUGCAUUCCAUGGACAUGCACACAACUGCAAGUGUCAACUCGACUGGCAUCCAAUGUUCAUAACUGGGACUGGCCACACUGAAGGUGAAGGCUGCGAGCACGUCUUUUUGUCAUCAAACAAGCUCGCACAGAGUACACGUCAUGCCAGUGCUUUCCAUCGGCAUCAAUCGAUCGAAGAACACUUCACGUUCUGGGACGCUGACAAAUAUGCCGCCCUCGGUAAACUUUUUUUUUCAUUUGUGAGAUUGUAUUUUCAUUCUAACUCUACUAGGUAA